AUGUCUGGAUUUCAAACUCGCGAUACGAUGCCCAAGGUAGGGCAUGUAACUGACCUCCGUGAGCAGUGGUUGGUGCGUGCUGAUGGCGCAUUGGCACACCGUCUACAGGAUCGUGAGAUCUCAUCGCAUCUUUGUGAGAACAGGUAUCGUAAUCAGCAAAUACGAGAAGACUUUCCUGUAGCACUCAGUGAACAACAAGAUAUUGAACAUGAGGUGAAAAUGCGCGAGUUAUCGCGUCGUAGACAAGCCGAAAUAGAUGCUGAGAUCGCGCGAGAGAUGGCGGAGAUUAAUAUUCGAAAACAGAGGCGUGAACGGCAAACUACUGGAAUAACUCAACCGAGUUCUUCAAAAAUUGUUGCUCCAUCUAUUUCAGAUAUAAACCUUGAUGAGCUUGGUCUGUCUCCUACAGAACUUGAAGAAAUGCGGAGACGUAUUGAACAAGAGGAAUAUGAUGCCCGACUGGCCAGACAGUUGAGCCAUGAAGUGGAUGGUCAAGAAGCCCUCCUUGCUGAUAUGAGAUGUGCAGUAGAGGCUCAAGAUGGUGAACUAGCUCGUUUGCUGCAAGAAAGGGAAUACAAAAAAUUACAAAGGGCAAAAGAAAAAGCUAGACAAAAAGCUUUGCUGAAAAAGCAGCAAAGACAAGCCCAAGAUGUUCCUCCUGAACCAUCACAAACUACACUCUGUGAUGCUUACAGUAAUCCAAGAGACAUGAUUCGUCAAAAUGGCUUAAGACUAUGCAAAUCUGUUGAUUCUGACCUGAACUAUGUUGAGCCAUUUGAAAAAGAGUGUAUACAGUCAAAAGCCAGUGCACUACAAACUCAUGAGUUGUCUAAACAGUACUAUGCACAAGAAGCCGGGACUUCUAGCUCAAACAUUAAUGCAUCACAUGCUCAUUCAAGAUCAUUUGAGGCUAAAGCUAAUUCAAAUACACCACUUCAUCAUAGGCACCCGCCACCUCCACCAUCCACAAGUAAGAAGCCAAGAUUUCCUGACCCAGUUAGUAUACGCCCAGCUUCUCACUACCCAACAGAUAAUAUUGAAUCUCAUGAUGUAAAUACAUCAAUAGUGCACAGUGUAAGUGAAAAUAACAACUUAUACAGUUCUUCAUUUUCUUCUGAUAAUUUACCACCACCUCGACUAUCUUAUGAUAAAGGUGACCCAUCUAAGAGGCUGUCAGUGAUAUCUGAUAUAACUGCAGAGGGUCUUGCAAAGAAAAAGAGUAAGCAAGCUGAUUUACACAAGAAACGUCGUGGUUGUAAAAUUCAAUAA